UCCUUCCUUCCUCCGUUCCCAGUCGGCCUGUCUUCCACCCCCUUCUUCCCCUCCCGGCCUCCCCUUCUUUCCCCCGCCGGUCCCCUCCCCGCAGGGAUAAUAUGGUCUCCGGCUAUGGACGCCCCAAGUACAGGAUACGCCUUUGAGUACCUUAUUGAAACAUUAAAUGACAGUUCGCAUAAGAAGUUCUUCAAUGUACCUAAACUUGGAGGCACCAAGUAUGAUGUUCUGCCUUACUCAAUACGGGUCCUGUUGGAAGCUGCUGUACGAAAUUGUGAUGGCUUUUUAAUGAAAAAGGAAGAUGUUAUGAACAUUUUAGACUGGAAAACCAAACAAAGCAAUGUUGAAGUGUCCUUUUUCCCUGCCCGUGUUCUUCUUCAAGAUUUUACUGGAAUACCGGCAAUGGUGGAUUUUGCUGCUAUGAGGGAGGCAGUGAAAACUCUUGGAGGUGAUCCUAAGAAAGUCCACCCUGCCUGUCCGACAGAUCUUACAGUUGACCAUUCUUUACAAAUUGACUUCAGUAAAUGUGCAAUACAGAAUGCGCCAAAUCCUGGAGGUGGUGACCUGCAGAAAGCAGGAAAGCUUUCUCCACUUAAAGUGCAGCCUAAGAAGCUUCCCUGCAGAGGCCAGACUACCUGCCGAGGAUCGUGUGAUUCUGGAGAACUAGGCCGAAACUCAGGAACAUUUUCAUCGCAGAUUGAGAAUACACCUAUCCUAUGUCCUUUUCAUUUGCAACCAGUGCCUGAACCGGAAACAGUGUUAAAAAAUCAAGAAGUAGAAUUUGGCAGAAAUCGAGAGAGGCUUCAAUUUUUCAAGUGGAGCUCAAGAGUUUUUAAAAAUGUGGCUGUAAUCCCCCCUGGAACUGGAAUGGCUCAUCAAGUAAACUUAGAAUAUUUGUCAAGAGUGGUUUUUGAAGAAAAGGACCUCCUCUUCCCGGACAGUGUAGUUGGCACAGAUUCUCAUAUAACCAUGGUGAAUGGUUUGGGGAUUCUGGGGUGGGGGGUUGGAGGCAUUGAAACAGAAGCAAUUAUGCUUGGUCUGCCAGUUUCUCUUACUUUACCAGAGGUCGUUGGAUGUGAGUUAAUUGGGUCAUCAAACCCUUUCGUUACCUCCAUCGAUGUUGUUCUUGGCAUUACAAAGUACCUCAGGCAAGUAGGAGUGGCUGGAAAGUUUGUUGAGUUUUUUGGAAGUGGAGUUCCACAAUUAUCUAUAGUUGAUCGAACUACAAUAGCAAACAUGUGUCCAGAAUACGGUGCUAUCCUCAGCUUUUUCCCUGUUGACAAUGUGACAUUAAAACAUUUAGAACAUACAGGUUUUGAUAAAGCUAAACUGAAGUCAAUGGAAACAUACCUUAAAGCUGUGAAAUUGUUUCGGAAUGACCAGAAUUCUUCAGGAGAACCUGAAUACUCCCAGGUGAUCCAGAUUAAUCUGAAUUCAAUAGUUCCUUCUGUCAGUGGUCCAAAAAGACCUCAGGAUAGAGUUGCUGUGACCGAUAUGAAAAGUGAUUUCCAGGCUUGCUUAAAUGAAAAGGUUGGAUUUAAGGGCUUCCAAAUUGCAGCUGAAAAACAAAAUGAUAUCAUCUGUAUUCAUUAUGAAGGAAGUGAAUAUAAGCUGUCUCAUGGAUCAGUGGUCAUUGCUGCAGUUAUCAGUUGUACCAAUAAUUGCAAUCCAUCUGUCAUGCUUGCUGCAGGUCUUUUGGCUAAAAAGGCUGUUGAAGCUGGUCUGCGUGUUAAACCUUAUAUAAGAACAAGUUUAUCUCCAGGCAGUGGGAUGGUUACACAUUACCUCAGUUCAAGUGGAGUAUUACCAUAUCUUAGUAAGCUUGGAUUUGAAAUAGUUGGCUAUGGAUGUUCAACCUGUGUGGGAAAUACAGCACCCUUAUCAGAAGCAGUUUUAAAUGCAGUAAAACAGGGUGAUUUGGUUACCUGUGGAGUUUUAUCUGGAAACAAAAAUUUUGAAGGUCGUCUUUGUGAUUGUGUUCGUGCCAAUUAUCUUGCCUCUCCACCCUUAGUGGUAGCUUAUGCCAUAGCAGGCACAGUGAAUAUAGAUUUCCAGACAGAGCCUUUAGGUACUGACCCUACUGGCAAGAACAUUUAUCUGCAUGAUAUUUGGCCUAGUCAAGAAGAAGUUCAUCAGGUAGAAGAAGAACAUGUUAUACUAUCCAUGUUUAAAACACUAAAAGAAAAAAUAGAGAUGGGAAAUAAAUGGUGGAAUUCCUUAGAAGCACCAGAUUCAGUUUUGUUUCCAUGGGACUUAAAAUCUACUUAUAUCAGAUGUCCUUCAUUUUUUGAUAAACUUACCAAAGAGCCAGUUGCACUCCAGCCUAUUGAAAAUGCCCAUGUCUUAUUAUAUUUGGGAGACUCUGUCACGACAGAUCAUAUAUCACCUGCUGGAAGUAUCGCUAGGAAUAGUGCUGCCGCUAAGUAUUUGACAAAUAGAGGCCUUACUCCUCGUGAAUUCAAUUCUUAUGGAGCCCGAAGAGGUAAUGAUGCUGUGAUGACAAGAGGCACUUUUGCAAAUAUUAAGCUUUUUAAUAAGUUUAUUGGAAAACCAGCUCCUAAAACAAUUCAUUUUCCAUCCGGACAGAUGCUAGAUGUAUUUGAGGCUGCAGAGCUGUACCAGAAAGAAGGUAUCCCACUGAUUAUUUUAGCAGGAAAGAAAUAUGGUUCAGGAAAUUCAAGAGACUGGGCUGCCAAAGGACCAUAUUUAUUGGGUGUGAAAGCUGUUUUGGCUGAAAGUUAUGAAAAAAUACACAAAGAUCAUUUGAUUGGAAUUGGCAUAGCUCCACUUCAGUUCCUUCCAGGAGAAAAUGCAGAUUCCUUGGGCCUCUCUGGCAGAGAAACAUUUUCUUUAACAUUUCCUGAAGAACUGUCUCCUGGAAUUACAUUAAAUAUAAAGACAAGCACAGGAAAAGUAUUCGGUGUGAUUGCUUCAUUUGAAAAUGAUGUGGAAAUAACACUGUACAAACAUGGAGGAUUAUUAAACUUUGUGGCACGAAAAUUCUCAUAGUAUCUACUCACCAUGGAUACCUUUCAAACUGCUAACUGCAAAGCCUUUUGUGCUGGACCCAGGAAUCCUUACCAUGGAGCUGCAGAUAGUCCCAGUAUACUCACUUAUCUCAUCCAUGGAUGUAAAUGAUUAUGAAUCAACGUAGUGACUGAAAUGAAAUCUUGAUUUUAAAUAAUACACGAAUGGUGCUAUUAACAUUGCUAAAAUCAUUGUGUGACGUGUUGUGGAAGAGAUCUGUAAGUAUGGGGGGGAUAUUUUAUCAGACCAUUUUGUAAAUAAAGGCAGAAUUUGAACUUGUGUUGAAGAUUCUUA